CUAAGUGACGACUUGAAAAGUGAGCGUAGGGGCGGAUCUUAGGAUUCGGAAGUGGCCUUAUUAGUGUUUUCACAAUAGGUUGGGCUUAAUCAUCUGUCUUUUGUUUACCUUUGAAUAAACGUCUUGAGAUCGUAAGAGUUUUAGUUUCACAUGGAUAACAUAUGAAGUUUCCACUAUGUAUCACAGCAGCACACAAAAGAAGUACUGGACUUUUAAAAAUGAAGAGGAACUAGCCAACUUGAGGAGGGAAGCCAAUAAAAAGUUUCGUGCUAAGGUUUUAGUCAGUGGAAAGGCAGCUGAUUCGAUUUUAUUGGAGUCAUGGGAGGAAGCUACAAUCUGCAAAUACUAUGAGAAGAGGCUGAUGGAUUUCUGCUCUGUGUUCAAACCAGCAAUGCCUAAAUCUGUUGUAGGGACAGCAUGCAUGUAUUUCAAGAGAUUUUACCUACAUAAUUCACUAAUGGAAUACCAUCCAAGAAUAAUUAUGUUUACUUGUGUCUUCUUGGCCUGCAAAGUGGAUGAAUUUAAUGUUUCCAGUUUGCAGUUUGUGGCUAACCUACAUGAAAAUUCAGUGGAACAAGAGAAAGUUCUAGAACAGAUUUUGGAAUAUGAAUUGCUACUUAUUCAGCAGCUGAACUUUCAUCUUGUAAUCCAUAAUCCAUAUCGACCACUUGAAGGCUUUCUGAUUGAUCUUAAGACUCGAUAUCCAGCUUUGGAGAAUCCAGAGGUUUUGAGAAAAGCAGCAGACGAUUUCCUUAACAGGGCUGCUUUGACAGAUACACUGCUGCUGUUUACCCCUUCACAGAUUGCUCUAACUAGCAUCCUGUCUAGUGCAUCCAGGGCAGGACUUAAUGUAGAAAGCUAUUUAACAGAAUGUUUCUCAUUAAAGGAUGACAGAGAAACCCUUUCUCAACUAAUAGAAGCUAUAAGAAAUAUACAGAAUUUGGUAAAGAAGUAUGAGUUUCCUAAGAUUGAAGAAAUAAAUGUACUCAAACAAAAGCUGGAGAAGUGCCACAGCAAGGAACUUUUGAGUACAGCUAGCAGGAAAAGGGGAUAUGAAGAUGAUGGCUAUGUUUCAAAAAGGCCUAGAUUGGAUGAGGGCACAAAGUGGGCAGAUAGUGAAUCCCCAUUCCUGCAGAACGACAGAAAGUAUACAUUUGAGGAAGACUGGACAGAUGAUGAUCUUGCCGAUUCCUUAUAAUUUAUAAUGGAGCCUUAGAUACCUUGGCAAAAUCUUUAACAGCCAGAACUCAUUGAUACUGAUGACCCAAGUUACUGUCAUGGUUUACAGCAUGACUGCAUAAAGUACAUGAUCUCUUGAUGUGGUAUCCACAUGCAAAACAAGGACAAGAUUCUGCUGUUUGACACUUAUAAAGAAGUUUUUACUGUGGAAGUAGCCAUUUGUGUACAAGAUGACAUGAAAUGCAACAAAUAACAAGGUUUUUAAUAUUGCCACAAAUCAGCUACAAGUUGCCACUUAAUUAUGUUAAAGCUGUUUAAUUGCACAUUAUUAAAGUGAAAUGUGCUGUCUUAAACAUAAGUCGUCGUUUUCUCAGUGUGGAAAUUUGGCCUUAAACAUUUGAUAAGUAAUUGUAUUUUGAUAUAAAAUGUUUGCUUUUGUGUAACAAGGUUUGUAUUAAAAAUAAGUGGUUUUCUUUA